CGGUUGUGUAACGCCGCCCCCACGCCGGCUCCCGGGCGCGCGGCCGCGACGGCGGCGGAGAACGGGGCGGGCGAAGCCCCCGGCCCGCGGUCCCCAGCGCCCCGCCGCGCUGCAUGGACUGGUACAUGAUGAACUGCGAGCUGCUGGCUACCUGCAGCGCCCUGGGCUAUCUGGAAGGGGAAGUCUACCACCGGGAGCCCGACUGCCUGGAGAGCGUCAAGGACCUGAUCCGGUACCUGCGCCAUGAGGAUGAGACCCGGGAUAUCCGGCAGCAGCUGGGAGCAGCACAGAUCCUGCAGAAUGAUCUUCUGCCCAUCCUGGUCCAGUACCCGCAGGACAAGGUGCUCUUCGAUGCCGUCAUUAGGCUGAUGGUGAACCUGACGCAACCAGCUCUGCUCUGCUUUGGCAAAGUGCCGUCAGAUGCCACUUCCCGGCACCACUUUCUCCAGGUCCUGUCUUACCUCCAGGCCUACAAAGAAGCUUUUGCCAGUGAGAAAGUUUUUGGAGUGCUCAGCGAGAAGCUCUACGACCUCCUGCAGCUGGACUGGGAGCAGCGGCAAGAUGAGGACAUGCUGCUGAUCGAGAGAAUCUUGCUGCUGGUGCGCAAUGUGCUCCACAUCCCCCCAGACCCCACAGAGGAGCAGGGCGUGGAUGGCGAUGCCAGUGUGCACGACCGGGUGCUGUGGGCGCUGCACAUGAGUGGGAUGGAUGACCUGCUCAAGUUCCUGGCCAGCGCCCAGGUAGAGCAGCAAUGGGCCCUGCACGUCCUGGAGAUCAUCUCCCUCAUGUUCCGCGACCAGAGUGCGGAGGAGCUGGCGGCGCUGGGGCAGGGGCAGGCGGCUGCCGAGCAUGGGGAGGACAUACAGGAGCUGGAGACCCUGCGGCAGCGGGAGCUGGCAGAGAAGAGGGCCCGAGCACUGCAGCGCCCAUCCAGGCACUCCCGCUUCGGUGGCUCCUAUGUCCUGCAGGGCCUGAAGGCCAUCGGGGACCGGGACGUCAUCUUCCACAAAGGGCUCCACAACCUGAAGAGCUACAGCCAUGACAUGGGCAAGGAGACACGGCGGGUGCCGCGGCGCCGCCAGGCCGCCCCUGAGACCGAGACCCCCCGCCGCUCUGCCCGCAACGUCCGGCUCUUCCUGCGCUGCUUCUGCCAGGACUUUCUGGAGAGCUGCUACAACCGCCUGAUGCUCCUGGUCAAGGACCAGCUGGUGCGGGAGAAGGCUCAGCAGCAUGACGAGACCUACUACCUGUGGGCCACCGCCUUCUUCAUGGCCUUCAACCGCCGCCGGGGCUUCCGCCCCGAGCUGGUGUCGGAGACGGUGAGUGUCCGCGCCUUCCACUUCAUCGAGCAGAACCUCACCACCUACUAUGAGAUGGCGCUGAUGGAUAAGAAGGAGGCAGCAACUUGGGCCCGCAGGAUGCACCUGGCCCUGAAGGCGUACCAGGAGCUGCUGCGGACCGUGCAGGAGAUGGACCGGUCCCCCGAGCAGGCGGUGCGGGACAGCAGCCAGGUCAUCAAGAGCAAUAUUUUCUACCUGAUGGAGUACCGGGAGCUCUUCCUCACUCUUUUCCGCAAGUUCGACGAGACCAAGCAGCCGCGCAGCUUCUUGCGGGACCUGGUGGAGACGGCCCAUCUGUUCCUCCGCAUGCUGGAGCGCUUCUGCCAGGGCCGCAGCAGCCUCGUGGUGCAGAGCAAGCGUGUGCGGAAGAAGAAGAAGAAGCCGCGGGCGCCCGCAGCCAUCGCCCCGCAGCCGCCCAGCACCGCGGAGCUGGAGGAGUUGUGGGCAGGAUUGGUCCCGCAGCUCCAGGCCUGCUUGCAGGGCGAAGUGCCCCUCCCCGAGGAUGUGGUGCCCUUUGAUGCUGCCUCAGAGACGCCGGUGGAGGAGCAGCGCACAGAGGCUCUGCUGCAGAUCCAGGGGUGCCUGCGGGGUGCCCGAGCCCCCCAAGCCCUGCGCCUGCUCCGCUCCGCCAGGGACAUCUGGCCUGAAGGGGACGUGUUCGGAACCCCCGACACGGGGCCGCCGGAGGAGAUGCAGCUGCUGCGGGAGAUCCUCUUUGCUCCCCUGCUUGGGCACGCGCCCCCCAAGACUGAGGAGCUGGAGGAAGAGGAAGAGGAGGAGGAGGAAGAGGAGGAAGAGACCGUGCAGGUGUCAGAGAAGGAGUUCAACUUCCUCGACUACCUGAAACGGUUUGCCUGUGCCCCCGUGGUGCGGGCGCUGGUGGUGCUGCUGCGGGGGUACGCCCGCAACAGCCCCCACACCAACCACUGCGCCGCGCGCCUGCUGCACCGCCUGGCCCGCGACCUGCACAUGGAGGCCCUGCUCUUCCAGCUCUCCCUCUUCACCCUCUUCCACCGCCUCCUCAACGACCCCGCUGCCGGCGCGUACCAGGAGCUGGUGGCCUUGGCCAAGUUCAUCCUGGGCAAGUUCUUUGCGUUGGCGGCCACCAACAAGAAGGCUUUCGUGGAGCUGCUCUUCUGGAAGAGUCCAUUGGCCAUCCGUGAGAUGACCGAGGGCUAUGGCUCCCUGCAGGACGGAGAGGGGGCUGGCAGGAGCCGAGUCCCUCCCUGGACCCCCCAGCAGGAGCAGGAGCUGCGGGAGCUGUACUGGAAGUACAAGGAGGUGGAAGGCGAGGACAUCAUCACCACCAUCCUGGCCCAUCUCCCCGCGCCCGGGCGGACGCGGAGGCAGGUGGUGAAGCAGCUGGUGCGGCUGGGGCUGGCCAGCAGCGCCAAGGACUUCCCACGGGAGAGGAAGGGCACCCGCAUCGUGCUGUGGACGCCGGAGCAGGAGGAGGAGCUGACACGGCUCUUUGAGGAGUUCCAGGGCUCAGAGGAUGUCCUGGGGAACAUCAUGAGGCACCUGACGGCGCGGCGGUCACGGGCUCGUGUGGUGGAGAAGCUGCUGGGGCUGGGGCUGGUGUCGGAGCGCAAGGAGCUGUACAAGAAGCGCCGGAGGAAGGGCCACGUCCCUGUGCCGGGUGCGGCAGGCACCCCAGCGGUGCCAGCCCAGGACAGCUCAGCAGAGGACAGUGACGGCGAGGAGGAGGAUGAGGAUGGUGAUGAAGCAGAGGAAGGCCCCAUGGACGAGCACUGGACACCUGAGGAAGGGGCCGGGCAGGGCCUGGCACAUCGCCUGCAUCAGGAAGGCCUGGCUGGGCCCCUGCAGUGGCUGGAGAACUGCCUGAGGAGGACAGCUGAGGACCGCCAGGUGGACGGUGUGUCCCACCCUGUGCCGCUGGUGCCGCUCUCAGAGGAGAAUGAGGAUGCCAUGGAGGACCGGCGCUUCCGGGCUCUGCUGCGGCAGCUGGGGCUCCGGCCCCCCAGCAACGAGCAAGAAUCCUUCUGGCGCAUCCCGGCUGCCAUCACUCCUCAGCAGCUCCGCCGCAUGGCCACCUCCAUCGCCACCUCCAUCGCCCACCACCACCACAGCCCCCAAGGGUCCCCCCAGGGUCCGCUGGAGCCACUCAGGUGCCCCCAGGACCCUGCUCCAGCAGAGCAGCUGCCGGCACGGCUGGGGUCAGGGUCCGACUCAGAGAGCGGUGCCAGCCCCUGUCCCCACUGCUGCAGCGAGGAGCCUGUCCCCGUCCCCAACCCGGCGCGGCCAGGCACCAAGAGGCAACGGGAAUUCGACAGUGAGGAUGAGGAUGAUGGCAGCUUGGCCCCCUCCUCGCUCCCUCCCCCCUCAGGCAUGGAGCUGGCCCCCGCAGCCCCCCGCUCCUGGGAGGACGAGGACAAGGACGAGGACCUGCAGCCCCGGGGGAGGCGGAAGCGUGUCCGACGCCUGGAGGAGGAGGAAGAGGAAGAGGAAGAGGGUUGAGGGGUUCCCUGGGCCCUGCCCUGCCCAGGUCCUGGGCUGUUUUCUGAGUUUUCUGCAGGUUUUAAAGCUGUUUUUAAGGGUGCUGCAAAAGCAGGUGGCGCUGCCACCCCCCUGUCCCCUUCCCCAGUGUCUCCAUUCCCGUUUUACCCUGAUCUCCCUCUUUUCCCUCACGCUCCCUCUUUCCCUCAGCUGUUUAUGUUUGGUGAGUUUUUUUCCCCCAACGUUUUUUUACAUCUGGAAAGAGACCAAAUAAACAAACGCAGCUCUCA